UCUGUAAUUUCACAUUUUCAGUUCAACUUCUUCCACCCCCAUUGAAUAACAUUAACAGAGAAUUCACAGGCCAAAUUUCUUCAGCCCCAGACAAAAUCUGUACGACUGUAUCUUAUUAUUAUUUGUUAGGGUUUUGAUUUAAUUUCGAUUUAGAGAAUUAAAAUGGCGAAGGGGAGGGGAAGUCGGCAUCAAGGGAAGAGAUCGUCGACGGUGGUUCUGGUUCUAUCGAUGCUAUUAAUGCUGACAAUAGUUCUCUUGAUGCUUCUCGGCCUCGGAAUCGUCUCUCUCCCCGUUGGCUCCGAUGAAGACUCUUCGCCGAUCGGAGAGCGAAUUAAAUUGAAGCGAUUGACCAUUGACAUAAAAGGUGAAAGUGAAGGAGAUGGAUUGGGGGAAAGAGGGGAUCAGUGGACGGAGGUUCUUUCCUGGGAGCCUAGGGCUUUCGUCUAUCAUAACUUUUUGUCUAAGGAAGAAUGUGAGUAUCUGAUAAAUCUUGCCAGACCUCACAUGGUAAAAUCGACAGUGGUUGAUAGCAAGACUGGCAAGAGUAAAGAUAGCAGGGUUCGUACAAGUUCUGGAAUGUUUUUGAGGAGAGGACGAGAUAAAGUCAUUAAAGAUAUUGAAAAAAGAAUAGCAGAUUACACUUUUAUACCUGCAGAGCACGGAGAAGGUCUACAAGUUCUGCACUAUGAAGUGGGACAAAAAUACGAGCCUCAUUAUGACUACUUUCUUGAUGAUUUCAACACAAAAAAUGGGGGUCAACGCAUAGCUACUGUGCUUAUGUAUCUGUCUGAUGUUGAAGAAGGCGGCGAGACAAUAUUCCCUGCUGCAAAGGGCAAUUUUAGCACUGUGCCAGGGUGGAAUGAGAAGUCCGAGUGUGCUAAGAGAGGCCUUGCUGUCAAACCAAAAAUGGGUGAUGCACUACUUUUCUGGAGUAUGCGGCCUGAUGCUACUCUAGAUCCAACAAGCUUGCAUGGGGGUUGUCCUGUCAUCGUUGGGAAUAAGUGGUCGUCUACUAAGUGGAUGCAUGUCGGUGAAUACAAAGUCUAGGAGAUAAAUGUGAAAGGUUCUUCCUUCAACUAAUAGUGCGACUGCACAAAGUUUCUGCAGCUACGAAUUUUGUGAUUAACGUUUGUAUCUUUCUGAGAGUCACUUACCUGGGAAUUCUUUUUCUUGAUUUAACCAUUAUAGUUUGUCUGUACAUGACAUGCUUCAUCAGAAUGAGAACUGCUAGGACAGAGGAGAGAGAGGGAGGGCUUUUUUGUAACUUAAAAACAUAAAGGUGUAAGCUUAUAUUGUUCUUGUAAAUUGUUGUGGUCUAAACUGUAAUAUUACUGAAAUAUUCAAUUGUUCUUUGGAAGUGGGAAGCCGUUCAGU